AUGCUACGGAAUCUUUUGUCUCUACAUCAGAUUACUAAGAGGACCAUAAGUACUGCUUUACGCAGGCAGUUUGAAAAUAAGGUUCCAGCAAAACAAAAGCUGUUUCAGGAGGAUAAUGGAAUUCCAGUGCACCUGAAGGGUAGGAUAGCUGAUGCCCUCCUGUAUAGAGCCACCAUGGUUCUUACAGUUGGUGGAACAGCAUAUGCCAUAUAUCAGCUGGCUGUAGUUUCAUUUCCCAAAAAGCAGGAUUGA